CAACAUCCUAUCGGAGUACCAUUGCACUUUGGAACUCAAGUACCAGCCAAGACAAGAAUGUGGCCUCAGUGCACAAAACCUGGGGAAGAGGCCGGGAGGGGCCUGCCUUUGAUGCCCCGCUCGACAUCCCGACAAGGCGGCUUGUCCAAGCCCUCUUUCUUCAACGCGCCAUCUUACAGAUCGACUCGGGGUCAUGAGCACAGCGACUCCGGAAGUGCCAGCAGCUUCUCUCCGCGAUCAAAUAGGGAUGCGUAUCCAACACCCUCCUCGUCGAACCAGAUGGUUUUUUCGCCGCCGACGGCCGGUACAGCCCCGACAUUCCUAACAACGGCGUCGGAGCGGUCGGUCUUCAACGACUUUAACGCGUUUGGAAGGCCUAAAGUCAAGGCGUCGAAGUUCCUCGAUUCCAACUGCAGUCUUUGGGCUUCGGGAAAUGAGCACAACCUGCAACCUCCGAUGGCCCCACCGCAAGCUGAGCCGAUGGAUCUAUUUACAGGAGACAUUGAGCGUGACAUUUUGCUCGAUGCAGGCCGAUAUGGCGACCCUCGGUACUCGGGCUUUGGCUCGUGCAUGCCGAGAGAUCCUUAUUCAGAGCAGAUUGCUGAGGUACCUUACCAACUCACGGAAUGGGACUCGGAAGCGCCACCGGAAGAACCAGAGGAUCACCACUUCCGGCGCACUCCAAAUUUUGGGACUACAUCUGAAAUGGAGAACCGCUUUAUGGCUCCACCAGUGCAGCAGCAAUGUGCCUUUCCACUGCUGCCUUCACGACAGGCCCUCAAGGAGUUCGUUCCCAAGACCGUCGUCAAACCUCCCGCCGUUCCCAAGGGCGGCAAUGAUGGACUGACGGUUAAUGGCAUCCGCUUGAGGCGUGUUGCUGAUCUGCCGGACAAGUUUCGUAGUCUAUUCAAGUUCCCGUACUUCAACGCUGUCCAAUCGGAGUGCUACGAUAAAGCCUUCUGCACGGACGAAAACCUAGUCGUUAGCGCUCCAACGGGAUCUGGAAAAACGUGCAUCAUGGAGCUCGCUGUACUCCAUCUACUGUCACGGCCGGAUGGCGAGAACGCGAAGGUGGUCUAUAUGGCUCCGACGAAGGCUUUGUGUAGCGAGCGAGUUCGAGAUUGGCAGCAAAAGUUUCGAACCCUUGGGAUCACGUGCAAUGAACUUACGGGGGACAGUGACAAUCUUCGAACAUGCGAGAUACAGCAGAGCAAUAUCAUUGUGACAACCCCUGAAAAGUGGGACUCGAUGACCCGGAAGUGGCGCGACUAUAAGAACCUGAUGAGCCUCCUCCGUCUUAUCAUGAUCGACGAAUGCCACACGUUAAACGAACCUGGCCGCGGAGCAACCUUAGAGGUUGUGGUGAGCCGAAUGAAGACUGUCAAUGCGGAGCUUCGGCGUCAAGGAGGUCCAAAUGGCCAAUUGGUGUUGGAGAUCCGCUUUCUAGCUGUCUCAGCGACGGUCCCGAACAUCAUGGACAUUGCUGAGUGGUUGAAAUCUGCUCAUGGCACGCCAGCACAAGUCAGGGUAUUUGGCGAAGAGUUUCGACCCGUGCAGCUUCGGAAAGAGGUUCUGGGCUUCUUUGCAAAGUCAGCCAACUAUUUCCAGUUCGAAGCAAGUUUGGAUUACAAAUUGAUGGAGGUCAUCGAGCGAUUUUCAGCCAAGAAACCAAGUCUAGUGUUCUGUUCCACGCGAAAAUCUGUUACCACAUGUGCCGAACGACUUGCUAAGGAAUGUGUAGAGUUAUGCUCCGGAUCAAAUGGAUAUGGGCCAAUGCACCCAUUUGUCAAGACCCGAAACCUAUCAGACACUCUGAGGGGAAUCAAGAACAGAAUCACCGACAGGAAGCUAGCCGAGCUCGUCGUCCAUGGGAUUGGUUUUCAUCAUGGCGGCCUCUCCACGCAAGAUCGACAGCUUAUCGAGUCCUCCUUCUUGCAAGGGCAUAUUAGCGUCGUUUGUGCUACGUCCACCCUAGCGGUCGGGGUCAAUCUGCCGGCGCACGUAGUCAUCAUCAAAGGCACUAUGCAGUAUGUCAAUAACAAUUAUGUCAAGUACUCCGAGCUGGAUCUUUUGCAGAUGUUGGGACGUGCUGGACGGCCACAGUUUGAUGAUAGCGGGGUUGCUGUCAUCAUGACGAUGAACAACGAAGUGCCGACGUACCAGGCGAUGGUGACAGGGAAACAAGUCAUUGAAAGCAGCUUGCACGAGAAUCUUAUCGAGCAUCUCAACUCGGAAGUGGUACUCAAUGCGAUCAAAAGCGUUCAGUCUGCCAAAGAAUGGCUUCAAUCAUCUUUCCUAUACGUGCGAAUGCGAAAGAAUCCUGCCUACUACAAGUUGAAGAACUGCUCCAACGUCGAGGGGAAACUCUCAGCGGAGAAACGUCUAGAAUCCAUAUGCCUCAGAGACAUCGAGCUGUUGGACAAGCACUCCCUGAUCACCUUAUCCAGAUCGACCCAGCAUCUACAGACAACAGAAUACGGCCAGGCUAUGGCAAAGUACUACAUCAAGUACCAGACAGCAGUUACAAUUCUCAGCAUGAAAGAAAAGGGGACGUUGAAGGAUGCACUGGAAACACUAUGCAAGGCAGAAGAGUUCAGCGACAUACGCUUCCGCGGUGAUAAAGCGAUUUUCAACGCAGUCAACAAGAAUCCCGCGAUAAGGUUUCCAGUCAAAGGCAAGGUUACCACCGGAGACCAGAAAGUCAAUCUCUUGAUACAGUGCAGAUUGGCAUGCAUAUCGUUGAGCGACCAGAAAACGUCACAUACGCUGAACAUGGAACAAGCUGCAAUCAUAAGUGGGGGAAGCAGAAUUGCUCGAUUUAUGGUUGAUGUCUUCAAGGCCAAAGGGGACGUAGUCUCGCUACGAAGCGCCACGGAUCUAUCCCGGUGCUUGGCGGCAAAAACAUGGGAGAAUUCUCCCCUGCUUUUACAGCAGAUCGAGUCGGUUGGACCGGCAAUCGCUAGAAUGCUUUCAACCGCAGGCAUAUCCUCAUUUGGGCAGUUGGAGAAGACAGAUCCCCGACAGAUUGAAUAUGUAAGGAGUUGGCCGAGUUCUCAGACUGAUCGCACGUCUCAUGCUCUCAUCUUCCAGGUGUCGAGUCGGAACCCACCUUUUGGCAACAAGAUCCUUGAAGCGGCCCGGGCCUUACCGAAGCUAAAAUUGGAAAUCACACAGUUCAAAGACAUGUCGCGGCCCACCGAGAUUGAGCUGUACGUGAACGUCAGUCUUCUCAACGCAGAAGUGGUAAAGGUCUACGGAAAGAAGGGACCACUGCAAGUCGCCUUCCUCGCCGCGACGUCCGACGGCAAUUUGAUAGACCAUCGUCGACUCUCAUUGAAGAAAGUGAAAGACGGGGAGUCUUUCCGAGUUCGGGUGCAACUGGAUAAUGCUAGACAGCGGAUUUCGUGCUCUUUGUUGCCUGAAGACUAUGGUUGAUACAUGAAUAUCCUGAGUAUAUCGGCGUGAUUGCUGAUGGUACCUUCCAGUCGGUUUAGAUGUGAACAAGGAGAUCGUUCCUGACGUGAAAGAGGUGCACUUUCGUAAUCUCCGACUGGCGAAAUCGAGC